AUGGUGCUCCCUCUUUGCGCUCUUAGACAGAGGAGCGUGCAAGGGUUGAAGGGUCGUCGAAACACACAUGCCCUUUGGACACCAUCGCGGGAGCAACUCUACCGUACAGCAUUGAAUGCCGUGGCUUCGUCGUAUUUGGAACAGCGACAAACAUUAAAUGAAGGUCCUUCCAUCUGCACGGUACCGUGCAACAGCUUCCACUGUCAUGCGGCGGUUCCCCGUCGCCAUUUUGCGGCGGCAGCAGCAGUAGCAGCAGUUGAAGCACCGACUACAACAACCUACAAGUUCAAGUCUGCGGCGCACCGCGAUAUGGUGGUUCUCUCAACCCGCCUGCACCUUCAGGAUUUGUUGUUGCAGCGAUUUGGUCGCCUAAGAACGGCGGAGUGCUGUGUGCUGCGCAAAGCCUCAGGCACUCCUCGACUUCUACUGCUGUGGGCUGAGCUUCUGGUGGAGCAGGAUCCAGCACGGCCACCCGCAAGUGCUUACGUUGUCCCGCCAGAACUGUAUCAAUUGCCAGAGGUCAAAGAUCUUCUGCGCGAGGAUGGGGAACUUCGUUGGCUGAUGCAGCGAAUAGAUCCGAAGGGAAAAGGAGGGAUGUGUGACUCAUCAAAGGACGGCGUGCCAGUUCCUCAUUUUCCUUCUGUGCUGCAACAAGAUGUGCCGCGGUUCCCUUACGAGCCGCAGCAGUUGGAGUUUCUGAGGGAUACUUAUGGUUUGCUUAAGUGGCCUUUCAAACCACUAAGAGGCGCAGCCGCUGCUGCUGUUGCUGCAGCUACUACCGGAAGUGGUCCGAUCCAGCCAAUCACCGAAGCUGAACCUACCGUCGAGGGAACAAGCGCAGCUGUUGCCGCAGCCGCUGCAGCAGUAGAUCGGGGCGACGUGAAGCGUGCGAACAACCAAGUGCUCACGCAGUGCAGCACCGAUGCAAUUUACGCACCGGACGAGACGGAAACAGGAGCCUACGUUUGGCAUUAA